AUGCAAAUCCAGUCAUCCAUCCCAUCCAAUAACCACUAUCUGGUUAUUUUGGCAGCGCAGUUGAAGGUCGGUUCGGUUCAGCACUCUACCUUCCCUCAUGCACGCAGGUCUGUACCUACCUUGGCCUCCUCUACCUACCACUCACUCGAAUCUACGGCUGCCACUCUGAGGCGGUACAUACGGUGGCUCAACCACCAAACGACUUAUUGA